CUCUUUAAAGUUAAAUAAACGCCGCGACGCGACGCGACGCGACGCGACUCGACUCUUGUUGCACACAGUGUGCAGCGCCGCUGAGAGACAGACAGAACCGAACCUGCGCAGCAGCAAGACUCUUCUAGAGAAUGACGGCCAUUUGCCCAAGAUGCGAUAAGACUGUGUUUUUCGGUGAGAGUUUUCCACUAGAAUCAUCACUCAGCAGAAGUACAAGCCACGGUCAUUUGAUUGCUGAGAAAGUGAGCUCUCUGGGGAAAAACUGGCACCGUUUCUGUCUGAAAUGUGAACGAUGUAGUAAGAUUCUGUCUGCUGGAGGCCAUGCGGAGCAUGAUGGAUUGCCUUACUGUCAUAAGCCCUGUUAUGGAACCCUGUUUGGACCAAAAGGUGUAAAUAUUGGAGGGGCGGGAUCUUACAUAUAUGACACACCUCCUCAAACACCGGUCAACAAAUCAUGUAACAGCCCUUCAGACGGAUCGCCCACUACACCUUGGACCAACUCACAGAUCAGCUAUAAUCAACCCAAAGCUUCCACUGCAACUACACGCAUGUUUGCCGGAGAGACUUGUCUGUGUCCCGGCUGUGGAAAGGCAGUUUAUUUCGCUGAGAAGGUGAUGUCACUGGGUCGCAACUGGCACAGGCCUUGUCUUCGCUGUGUUAGGUGCAAGAAAACACUGACCCCUGGUGGCCAUGCAGAGCAUGAGGGCAGUCCAUACUGCCAUGUGCCCUGCUACGGGUACCUGUUUGGACCAAAAGGUGUGAACAUUGGAAAGGUGGGCUGUUACAUUUACGAGAAAGAAAAUGCAGAGAAUGAAAUGCCAAGUGAACAUUAAGUCACAAAGGAAAAGCUCUUUUUUUUAAUUUGUUACAGACAUUUUUUUUACAUAUUAAAAUUGUAAGGUGUAAAGAUUUUUCACAUAGUCAGAUAUAUGCAGAUGUCAUUGCACAUUGCAUGCAUUCUGAUAAUCAGAAAUGGCCACUGACAUCUUAAAAAAAAAAAA